AUGAUUGCUUUGAUCAAAGAGACCUAUGUACCAGAGGACUAUGGAGUGCAACUUCAUAGAAGAAAACAAAAUCUCAAACAAAAGGACAUGGAUGUAAGCACCUACACUGAAGAAUUCUUGAAGUUGUGCAUAAAGGCCAAGACCAUAGAGACAGAGGAAGAAAAGUUGGUGAGAUACAUCAAUGGUCUGAAAUUUUCUAUACAAGAUGAGUUAAAUCUACACACCCCAGGUAAUGUACACAAAUGCUACCAAUUGGCAUUAAAGGUAGAAGAGAAUUUCAAGAAGAAACAAGAUCAGAACAAUAGGGGCAAAGGCAGAUUCCAAAAAGGAAGAGGUCCCUUUAGAGGGAGAGGAAACAAUGGUGGUUCCCAAGGAGACACCAACCAAGAAGAUAGCAAGGGUGAAGGCAGCAGCAGAGGAAGUUUCAGAGGUAGAAGACCAAACUACAGAGGUAGAUCACAAGGGAGAGGCCCCAUAAGGUGUUAUAAUUGCAACCAAGAAGGUCACAUUGCCACUAGGUGUCCAGAGAAGGCAAACAACAACACUAUGGGAGAAAGAAGGAGCAAUCUGAUCCAAGAAUCUGAUUGUCAAAGUGUGAACAGUAGCAACACUUUUCAAAGUUUAAAUGCACCUGAUUCUUAUGGGUAUCUGGAAAGAGGUGAAGCUUUGAUGAUGAGGAGAGCACUCCUAAAGGUUCCUAUCACAAAAGAACCCCCACAAAGGAAGGCAAUCUUCAAGACAACUUGCAAAACAGGAGGUAAAGUCUACAAAGUUCUGAUAGAUUCUGGUUCAACUGAAAAUUUUGUGUCCAUGGAGAUGGUGGAGAAGCUUAAGCUUAAGAGGAUACCACAUCAUUAUCCAUAUAAGGUGGCAUGGCUCACCCAAGGGCAGCAAGCUCUUGUGGAAGAACAAGCUUGGGCACAACAUGAUGGCUUUAGAAAAACCUAUUCUAUCACCAAGGAUGGGAAGAUCAUAGAGUUGCUACCGUUGAUGGAGGAUGAAGAAGAGCCUAAGGCGAAAGAGGCUAAGGUGAGGCUGAUGGAGAGAAAGGAGUUCAUGAAGGAGGUGAAAGAGGAAGGAGGAUUAUGUUUUGCAUUGAUACCUAUUUCUAAGAAGGAGGUUGCAGAUGUAGGAGUAGUAGAUCAACAAGGGAGACCUAGGAUGGUUCCUUAUGAAGUGCAAGAGCUUCUUGACAAGUAUAAGGGUGUGAUUUCAGAGGGUAUGCCUAAGAACCUCCCUCCUAUUAGAGAAAUUAGUCAUUGUAUUGACUUUAUACCAGGAGCAACAUUGCCCAACAAGGCUACAUACAAACUGACCCCACAACAAAAUGAAGAGGUGGCCAGGCAGAUUGCUGAUCUACUUGAUGCAAGUGUGAUUGGAAAAAGUCUCAAUCCUUAUGCAGUACCAGUAGUACUUGCACCUAAGAAGGAAGACACUUGGAGGCUUUGUAUGGAUUCAAGGGCAAUCAACAAAAUAACUAUAAGAUUUAGCAAAAUGGCACACUUUCUCCCCUGCAAAUCAACAAAUGAUGCUUCUUACAUUGCAGCACUCUUCUUCAAAGAGGUGAUUGUCUAUGGUCUGAACCCAAGAGGUGUUUUAGAACUCAGAAAUCUGCCUUCUACUAGUCCAAUCAGUGCUGAGGGUGAAGCCUUUGCUGAGGCAAUCAAGGAAGUUCAUGAACAAGUUAGAUUAAACCAUCAAAGGUCUAGUGAAUAG